UCAUGACCACUGGUUCACACGGCAUCUCCUGAUGGGCUCGGCUAGGAGUACCUUUUAUUGACAGAUCUGCUCGGGUCAGUAUAAUGACGACCUGGUCUCUGGUAGCCACGUGAUGCUCUCCGAUAGGCUCGGUUCAUAAUGAUGAUAUGAACUAUCAACAUUGAGUAUUGUUUUCUGUUCUUAUUUUCUUUUGGAAUUUCCAUAUAUUAUAACUUGUGCAAACGAUGGAAGAGACUUUGGAAGAGUGGCUUUCUGCUAAGGUUGCUUCUGACGGGCUUGUGACCAACUCGAUAAAAAACCCUAGUGUUUACGGUUGGAAUAAUUUCAAAGUGAAAUUGGAAAAGCAAUUUUCAGCAACUCUCGGAAGAAGCUCUUACAUGUCAAUGUGCUACAAGGUUGAUGACAUUGGGGUGAAUGGCAAUGACAAGUGGUCUACUGUAGGAAUAGUUAGUAGUAUGAAUGAAGUUUUUGAACACCAUCUCGUGAGAACCUUGCAAGAGAAAAGAAUGGGCUGUUACUAUGCUGUUUUUGUAAGGCAGUUUGGACUUCUUUUUUUUAUCGCUGGUUAUUUAGAUAUAUUUUGUUACAUUAAAUCUAAACCAUUGAAUGUGCUUUAAUCUAAUGAUACAGAUUGUGUGUCAUAAUGUGUGUCAAAAAUGUGUGUUCCCGGAUCCUGAUCCUAUUUUGUAUGGUUCACCGUGUCACUCGAGGAGGUAUUAGUUUCCUUUUCCCAGUUUGCUGCAAAGCACUGUAUUACUAUAUGACUAUGCACCAAAAAGAAUCAAACU